AUGACUGGUUGGUACGUCAGAAAGCAACAACGAGAACUUCUGUCACCUGUUGGAAUACUUGUAAAGAGUCAUGACUACACAACACACAGUCGUUGUUACGCUAUAAUCCAAGUGUACUCCGGUGAAUACAAGUGUGAAAGCCAGUAUGCUUGUACAGGUACAGACCUGAUCUGUAUUGAGAAAGACUGGACAUGCGAUGGCAGUAAGGACUGCCCAGAGGGCGACGAUGAAAGGGAUUGUGAUCGUAAGAAAAAAAUACAGUGCGACGAAAACCAUUUCGCGUGCAGUAAUGGUACGGGUCCGUGUGUCAACAAACUAUGGGUGUGUGACUGGGAAUUUGAUUGCUUUGAUGCCUCAGAUGAGAGUCCGGAACAGGGAUGUGAGUCAAACGCUUGCGAAAAAGAUGAGUUCAAAUGUGGAAAUUCAAAAUGCGUUCAAAUGGCGUUUUACUGUGACACAGAUGAUGAUUGUGGCGAUAUGAGUGACGAGCCCCAAGGAUGUGGAUAUGUUAUCAUGGGUUUGGAAGGGGAGGUAGAGGAUAUGGGAUCAAUGGUUUGUAGUGAAUAUGUAACCAUGGGGGUUGAAGAGGAGGUAGAGGAAAUGUGA